CUGAAAAUAUAUGUGAGAAAUAAAACGCAAAAAAAAAAUUGAAAGUUUGAGCAAUAAUUGUUGUCCCACAGCUAGCUGUGUGCAAUUUACAAAAGUAAAAGUGGGGGCAUGGAAAUUGAUCAAUCACAAAACUUUUGUGUCUUUGUUCAUCUUUAUUUCUGCAUAUUUUCUCCACCUUAUCAAUUAUUGGUUCAUUCUAUAUACCAUCACAAAGGAAUAAUAUACACACAUAUAAUUCACAAAGAAAAAAGGAAAAAAAAAAACUCAUGGCGGAUGCUAUCGUUUCCGUUGUGUUGGAGCGCAUUGCAGCUCUCGUGGAAGAGAAGAUCCGAGACGAAGUAAAUUUGGUGAGAGGAGUUAAGAAGGAGGUUCUCAAACUUUCCGUUGAUCUGAACACAGUCAGAAACGUGUUGGAAGAUGCGGAGAAGAAGGGUUAUAAGGAAAAGAGCAUCAAAGAUUGGCUGACGUGGCUCGAAAACACGACCUAUGAAAUGGAUGACGUGUUGGACGAAUGGAACUACUCCAUUCUCAAGUUUCAGAUCGAACAAUCGUCUGAUGGUGUUGCUGCUGCUGAUGCUGAUGCUGAUGUUGUUCCUCCUAAGUGCACGGUACGCUUUUGCAUCCCUUGCUCGUUUUUAUGUUUCAAGAAAGUUUCUGUGCGUCGUGGAAUUGCCUUGAAGAUAAAACAAGUGAAAGAACGGCUUGAUCUGGUUUUGGCGGAGAAAGAUCGGUUUGGUUUUGAUGAGGUCACGUCACAACAAUCUGAUCGUGAAUCUUGGCGAGGUCAAACUACUUCUGUCAUCGACAAAGAUGAAGUUUAUGGCCGAGACUUAGAGAGAGAAGCUCUGGUGAGUAAACUUGUGGGUGAAGGUGGUAGUAGCGAAGAAGGUUUAAUAGGAGGCAUCCGCGUUGUAUCUAUAGUGGGUGUGGGUGGCCUUGGGAAGACAACUCUUGCUCAACUAGCUUAUAACGAUAGUCGAGUUGAGAAUUGUUUUGAGUUAAGAAUUUGGAUAUCUGUUUCCGAUCCCUUUAACGAGGUUGAGAUUGUGAAAGGGAUUGUGGCAAGUGUGGAAAAGUUGGAUGAACCCCCAAAGACCAACCAAUUGGAAAUGCUACUGCAACGUCUAAAAGAGUCUAUUUCAGGGAAAAAGUUUCUUCUUGUUAUGGAUGAUGUUUGGACACAAGACGAUACCAAGUGGAAACCCUUGAAAAACACUCUCAAAAGUGGUGGAACGGGUAGCAAAGUUUUGGUGACAACUAGAAACGAAAAUGUUGCAAUAAUGAUGAUGGGAGAGUCUAUUAAGAAUGAUCGGAUGAUCCAUCGUUUAGGAGUUCUAAAUGAUGGAGAUUGUUGGUCAUUGUUAGGUCGGAUUGCCCUUUGUGGUAAGAACAAGGAUCAAUGUGAAGAAUUUGAGAACACGGGUAAGGAGAUAACCAAGAAGUGCAAUGGAUUGCCGCUUGCAGCAAAGACUUUGGGAAGUCUCUUACGGUUCAAGACUACAUUGGAAGAGUGGGAGAGCGUGUUGAAUAGUGAAAUAUGGAAGUUGGAGCAAGUAGAAGAUGACCUCUUCCGCCAUUUGUUUCUUAGUUACGACGAGUUGUCCCCAACAUUGAAGCGUUGCUUCUCGUAUUGUGCCGUCUUUCCUAAAGAUACCAGAAUUGAUGUGGAUGAGCUAAUAACAAGAUGGAUGGCAAUGGGUUAUUUAGGAUCGAAUGCUGAUGAUGACUGGAAAGUUAGAGGGAGAGGGUACUUUGAUUAUUUAUCAAUGCGUUCUCUGUUUCAAGACUUUUAUAUGAAAGAUGACGAUAUAAAGAUAAAAUCGUUUAUGAUGCAUGACAUUGUACAUGAUUUCGCUGAAUUCCUGAGGAAGAAUGUGGGAUCAAGAAUGAAGAACACAACUUGCAAAGACUGUAGCCAUUUGUUAGUUUCCCGAGUCGAAAAAUAUCGUAGCUUAUGUCAGUGCAAAGAAGUUCUUGAUCCACAUGUUUGUGAUUGCCUGGCAAGUGUGAGGUUGCUCAAAUUAAGAAGUUGUGGUUUGAAAGGCAUUCCGAAAGAAAUAGAAAAAUUGAUUCACUUGAGGUGGUUGAACUUGAGUCAUAAUAAACUUGUUGGUGAUGAUCUGAAGUCCAUUUGUAAGUUGUAUAACUUGCAAUUUCUUUGGGUGGGCUGGUGCGGGCUACAAGAAAUUCCGUUGGAGAUUGGGAAUUUGAGUGAGUUGAUACACUUGGAUUUGAGUGACAAUACACAACUGAAAGAGUUGCCGGAGAGCCUAUGCAAUUUGAGUAAAUUAGAAAUCCUGAAUGUUAGUUCGUGUUGUAGUCUGUGUGGACUUCCACAAGGGAUCCACAGGCUGAAGAAGCUCAAACAUUUGUAUAAUGAACGUACUGAUUCUCUGAAGCAAUAUCCACAAGGAAUAGCCGAAUUAACGAGUCUAGUCACAUUGAAUAAAGUCUUUCCUUGUGAUGGGAAUAAGGUGGGGUGGUUGAAGAAUUUAAACCGACUUAGCGGGAAACUGGAGAUGUGGAUUGUAAUAAGCAGUUGUUGUGAUUCAGUAGAGGAUGCUCGUGAGGUGGAGUUGGGGAAAAAGAUGCACAUUCAAGAACUGACAAUAAAUUUCUAUGGAUCAACAACAACAACGGAUGGCCGUGGCAAACAGGUGAAAGAUACUAGUUCAUCAUCGUCGUCAACAUCGGUUUCUAAUGAAGUACUAGAUGCUCUUCACCCACAUCCAAACCUCCAACAACUGACUAUUGUGGGCUAUUACGGCUCCCGACUUCCGGGAUGGAUUGUGUCCCCCCUCAACCAACUCACAUCUAUUGAGCUGGACAAUUGUGAAUUCCUUGUGUCGCUGCCGCCGCUGGGUAAACUACCGCUACUGGAGACUCUUGGGAUUAGUGGUUUACCUGAAUUGGAAUAUGUUGGAUGGGAAUUCCUGGGAAUAGCAACAUGUUCAUCAUCGAUGGGUACUAUUGAUGGUGGCUUCCCCAAGUUGAAGUACCUGAAAUUUAGGGCAUGUAAUAACUGGAAGAAGUGGGAAGACAUUACGGUGGAAGAAGAUAAUGUUGCUAUCUCAAUAAUGCCUUGCCUCACGGAGUUGACGAUCCGUGACUGCAGCAGAUUGACGGAGCUGCCGCAACGACUCCUGCGAAAGGUGUCACCAUCGUUGAAGGUGUUGUGUAUUUAUGGUUCCAAACUGGUAGAUGCUCUUGAGCCACUUCCAAACCUCCGAGAGCUGAUUAUUUAUUACUAUGAAGGCUCUCAACUUCCACGAUGGAUCACGUCCCCCCUCAACCAACUCAUAAAUGUUGGUCUCGACUAUUGUGAAGGCCUUCCGUCGCUGCCGCCGCUGGGUAAACUACCGCUACUUGAGCGUCUUUCGAUUAUUGGUUUAUCUAAAUUGAAAUAUGUUGGACGGGAAUUCCUGGGAAUAGCAACAUGUUCAUCGAUGGGUACUAUUGCUGGUGGCUUCCCCAAGUUAAAAAAACUGUCAUUUCGGAGGUGUCCAAACUGGACGGAGUGGGAAGACAUUACGGUGGAAGAAGAAGAUAAUGUUGCUAUCUCAAUAAUGCCUUGCCUCACGGAGUUGACGAUCUAUGACUGCAGCAGAUUGACGGAUCUGCCGCAACGACUCCUGCAAAAGGUGUCGCCAUCGUUGAAGUGGUUGACUAUUGCUGGUUCAACACAACUGAAACAAGUCUACGGGGACAAGGAGGGUCAACCCUGGAAAUCCAUUUCCAACCACAAUCCACACCUUCGUCUCUACCCUUGA